GUUGCAAUGGCUUUAGUCUUCAGAGUAGCAAUGCAAUUCGUUGGACUUUUAUUAUCUUUGCUGGGAUGGGUUUUAUCCAUUAUUACAACUUAUUUGCCACAUUGGAAAAACCUCAACCUGGACUUAAAUGAAAUGGAAAACUGGACCAUGGGACUCUGGCAAACCUGUGUCAUCCAGGAGGAAGUGGGGAGGCAAUGUAAGGACUUUGAUUCUUUCCUGGCUUUGCCUGCCGAACUCAGGAUCUCCAGGAUUCUCAUGUUCCUGUCAAAUGGACUGGGACUCCUGGGCCUGCUGCUCUCUGGGUUUGGCCUGGACUGCUUGAGAAUUGGAGAGAGACAGCCAGCUUUCAAGAAGCGACUGCUAAUCCUGGGCGGACUCCUGUUCUGGACAGCGGGCAUCACGGCCCUCGUGCCGGUCUCCUGGGUGGCCCACAUGACCGUCCAGGAGUUUUGGGAUGAGACUGUCCCAGAGAUUGUGCCCAGGUGGGAGUUUGGGGAAGCCCUCUUUAUUGGCUGGUUUGCUGGAUUCUCUCUCCUACUAGGAGGGUGUCUGCUCAACUGUGCAGCCUGCUCGAUGCAAGCUCCUCCAGCCUCGGGCCACCAUGCAGUGGCAGAAAUGCAAUAUCACCAUCAACACCUGGAGAUGAAAAACUCCCACCUGAAAAUCUAAGCCAGAACGGAUCAGUGUGUCCCCUCCUCAGGUGUCAACUCUGGAUGUGGUAGGAUUUCCUGCUACACAGUCACCCAUUCACUUUGCUUUUCAUUUUCUAAAAUGUGUUUUUUCCUGUGGCUAUUAGCUUGUUAAACUCUCAUUUCUUUCUAAGAUGGUAAGCCACUUUCAUCUUCUACUCUGAGACCAAAAUCAAUCAAGACUUAAUAGUAAUCAUACUCACUACUGUGAAUGAGUUUUCUCAAUUUUAAAAUAGAUCCAGUGAUGGCACAGAACAGCUAAAUAAAACAUUAUAUUAGUACUUACAUAUCUUUGAAGGUGUUAUUCAUAGAGAUGAAUCAUUCUGGCAAUUGGAAAUGUUACUGCUAAUCAUUUACUUCUUCUAAUUGUUUAAGAUCACCUAUUAUACUGAGACUAAAGUCUUGCUGCAUAUUUAUCUUAAAUGUAUGACAUCUGAUUAUACUAAAAAAGUUGCUGGCUCUUCGAAAGCUUGAGAGGUGAGAGACAUGGACACAUCACCUUAUUUUUAAUCAGAGAUCUCAGUGCCUCUAUGGAGCCCUUUCUAAAAGUCAGCCACAUUCAUUCACGCCUUCUUUACUAUGUCAGAAGCAGAGGAGGGCAAUCUUGUGUUCCGGAAGAUUCAUGUAAACUCUACCAUGCAAAUGUGCUUUGGCUUCUGUGUCCUUGGCUCUGCGGCAGAUGGUCAACAUUCCCAUCCACCCCUGGCUGCCCCUGGCUCUGUGGAGCGGCCACAGGGGGCACUGCAGGUCAGGACCCGGGUGUGUGGGCAAGACCCUCCUGGGACAGCUGCCCCGGGCCGCCGAGCACUCUGUCAGUCCGGGUGGUGCGAUGACAGAGCUCAUAUCCUGGAGCCCUUCAUCUUGCACAACGAAAAUAUUGCGUCUUUUUUUUUUAUCAGCAGUACAUAUCAUCCUACCAAGGACUAUUCACAAUAAACUGCUGGCUUGGGGAAUUCUUCAUGGAAGAUUUUAUAUUUGCUCCGUUCAAAUAAACUCUUGUAUUUGUGCCAAUCAGGGAAACUGACUGAACAAUAAAUGACACUGAAGUAAGGUAUUAGGCAAUCUGUAUCUUUGUUUAAAAAAAAAUCCCACUGAAUUUUUUUCCACCCACAAACACAUGAAGAGUGCAGAAACCAAAGUUAAUCUAUGUGAUGUAUUUGCAUACUUUUACAAACAAGACAAAUUAAAACAGAAACAUAUUCAGAAUUUAACCUGAUUAAAUAUUUAGUUCAGUCCUGAGCUUUUGAUAUUUAAUACAAUAUAGAUAAAGUAAUAGCAAAAAAAAAAAAAGAUUUUAAAUUUAUUUGAUUUGCAUGCUACAGAGAUUCAGCUAAACGUUGUUCAUUUGGCUAGCAAUAUUCUUUUUGUACCUGUAACACUUAGAUUCUGAUAUACAAAAUUGUAAUAACAUACUGAUAAUUCAAACUUGAGAACUAAAUAUUACAUUCUUUUUACCCUGUGCAGAAUAAAUUCUAUGUUUAAAAAAUAGUAUUUAUAAUAUUAAAAUUCGUAUUGUCCAUAUGGUUUUGUGAUCAAGUUAUUAAAAUGUUUUAUCAUUGUGAAUCAUUUGGGUUAGUACAAAUAUGACAGGAUUGUUAAAAGCUGCCUAUAAAUACAUAACACUAUUGCUGAUUUUUAAAGUGUGGAAAAAGAUUACAUUAAAAUAAGUUUGUCUCUCAUGUUAGAAAUGAGCAAAUUUUAUAAAAUAAAACCAAAAGCAUCUUGGUCACAACUGUUAACUACCAGCCUGAGACAGAUUUUAUUCUUUUAUACUUGUCUGAAACUUUUUGUAUUACAAAAAGUUAACAGCUAAUCUGAUGAAGAUUUAUAAAGCUGUAAAUAUUCCAAUAUAGCCUCUUCUAUGUCAAACAUUUAAAAUGGCCAGAACCGAACUAUAUAUUAAACAGAACAUAAAUAAGACCGUAAAUAAAUAAAUGAAGAAAAUAAAAUCGUACGGUACAACUACACAUAAUUCUAUAAACAUUUUCAUGGUCAAACUAAGAAGCUGAAAACAGCUGACCUUCAUUUAACUCUACAUUAAAUAAACUUCUGUCUUUCACAUUUGACCUUGACAAGGAUGAAUGGUACUCUUUUUCUAGUUUUCCUUAGUCAUCUGACAGAAUGAAAUGGGCAGCCUUGAAGGACUGUGCUCAGUCACUUCAUGAGGCUGGGUUUUGUUCAAAGUAGUGUCACGUCCAGUUAUAGCUUCAAAGACAUUUGUAUAUAUGUGGUGGGACACUUAGGAAAAAAUAAUUAAAGUUCUAGGCUCAGAAAUUGCUUAAUUUGAAUUUUGAUUCUGAUAAAAUGAACUUUCCAAAAUAUGAUUACUUUCAAGAAAAUAAAAAUUCUUGC